UGCCAGGCGGGGGCGGGGCGUGCUGGGAGCGCGGGCUGCUGGAGUGGAAAAUUCCAGGCAGGAGGAACCGCGGGCGACUUCCUUCCUGGACCGCAUUAGGCUCCUUUGGUGUAUGUCGGGCUGGGGCGAAGAGGGAUUUCUGGGCCAGGAGCCAGCCCGAAAAGGCACCAGCUGACGAGGCAGAUGUAGAACGAGACAAAAGGAGGGAAACGCUGAACAGGAGAGAGACCGAAUUCAGUCUCUUCUUUAUAUGCCAAGCACCAUCUUACUCCCCAGACGUCCCCGCCAGCCGUCCUCCAGCCCGCAGCUGGGUCAGGUCCAGCUUGAACGCGUCGGGGAGCCUCGACAAGCGGGAUCAGUGAGCGACCAAUAGCUGAAGCCGCAGCGGCAGCAGCUAGAGUGGUUGGGCCGGACGAUAGAACGAAGUGUUCCCAUCUGUCCUCCGAAGAUGGGGGUUGGGGGGAGAGAAAAGGGAAGUGGGGCGAGGCGGUAGGGACAGGGGCAGGAGCGGCACAUUGGACAAGAUGGUUGCUAAUAGCAUUUUUCAUGUCUAGGAUUUUCAGACGGCGACCUAAGGAAACACCACAUCACCAACACACACCCAUUGUUUUCUCCACCCCCUAGUUCUAGCGGUGGGACACAAGUCUAAUGGGAUAGAGUUGGGGGCAGGACUUCUGGGCUCCCUUCUAGCUUUGGGAGGAUGUGGGUCCAAUGGGUUAGAGAACGGUAGAGACAGGACUUCUGGCUCUAUGUGACUUGUGUGACUUUCCCUCUCUCAGCUUCUUCUCUGCGCAAGAGGGUGAAGAUUAAUGUGUUAGGUUUCAGAGUAGCAGCCGUGUUAGUCUAUAGUCGCAAAAAGCUCAGUAAGCUUAUGCUUAAAUAAAUUUGUUAGUCUCUAAGGUGCUGCAAGUACUCCUUUUAUUAAUGUGCUAGUUAUUAUUUGUAUUGCGGUGGCACCUAGAGGCCCCAAACCAAGAUCUGAGCCCCGUUUGCACUAGGUACACUACAGAUACACAGUGAGUCAGGGUCCCUGCCCUGAGCUCACAAUCUGAUAGGGCAGGGGUGGGGAAACCGAGGCAGAGAUUUGCCCAAGGUCACACAACAGGUGGGUGCUGGAGCCUGGAACUGAACUCAGGGCUCCUAGCACCCCUUCCGCUUACCAUGCUGCUUCCCCUAAUUGUUAGUGAUCGUUUGGCAAAUGUGAGUACACAUUGUUCCAGGGUUCUUUCCACCAACCUGGCUUUCUCUACAUCGUGCCUCCCUCUUUUCUCCCUCCCAGUCCGUCUCCCCUCCCUUCCCCAGGUCCCUCCUUCCGUCGUCACCGAGUGGUGUAUAAAUCCCCUUCUCUGGCAUAUUCCCCAGCACGGCGGGACGGGAGACCCUGGCACUUCGGUCCCCGGGGCACAAGCUGCAGCCACUGGCCUUUGGGUUGUUCGGACUUUGAACUCGGCUCCGCUGCCCAAUCCCCGCUAGCUCGUGUCGGUAGGGGGGCUCCCGGGCAUUUCUUGGUGGGUGAUUCCUCUGCUCUCGCUGCUGCACCAGGAUGUCGGAGAAACGCGCGGAGGAGGCUCCUGCAGAAGUGGGUGCCACGGAAUUGAAAGAAAAGAAGGAAAAACUGGAGGAGAAGACUGUCUGCAAAGAAAAGAAGAAGGAGAUAAUAGAGGAUGAGGAAAAUGGUGCGGAGGAGGAAGAGAAUCCUGAGGAUGUGGAUGAAGAAGAGGCAGGAGAAGAGGAGGACGAUGGAGAUGAGAAUGGGCAGGAGCAGGACGGACAUGCAGCAAAACGAUCUGCAGAGGAAGAAGAGGAGGAUGAAGUUGAUCCAAAGAGACAGAAGACAGAAAAUGGGUCUUCGGCUUGAGUUCUCUCAUCCCAUCCUUUCUUGCUCCAUUUGUGUCUCCUGCCUCCAUUCCAGCCUGUGCUUGCACUGUCAUUUAGCCUCUGGCUUCACACAGUCUCAGAUGAGGAAGGAUUAGAAAUGCUCUCAGACAGGGAAGAGGGCAUGGGACUAAGAGUUUCCCUUCCACCACAAGUUCUAGCCUUCCUAUGAUGCUCCCAAAUCUGAGGUUGCCCACUCCCCCAGCACAUCUCCACUGCUGAUUACUAUUCCUGCACCCCACUCCCAAAUAAUCCCAAUAGUCCUCAAACUGAUGACCCCUCCUUUUCCCAACAAGCAAGCUGACAUAUUCCAAAUUCCAGACUCAUCCCACAACAAGCGCCUCUAAUCCCUUUUCACUUGCCACCUCUCUCCACUAAUUUGAUCAAGAUUCUCACCCCUCUGCUGCUGAGAUCUGCCCUCCAACAUCCUCCUUGGGAUAGAGAAGGUUGAGGGCAGGGAUCUCGUGAUACCUAUCCUAAGCCUUCCCUUAACUGCCUUCUAUCUGAUCCCUCUGAGAGAAAGAAAAGGAAUGUUACAUGCAAAUAACUUUUUUUUUUUAUUAAAGCGCACACACAGGCAGAAAUUUAGCUUAACAUUAAAAAAAAAAAGUUUACACAACAGGUAAGCUGGCCCCAUGAUUUUUUUUCCAGAAGAUAAAGGUUGUUUUUAUGUAUAAAUUAAUGUGUGUUGCAGUUUCUCAUUUUGGGGCUUUUU